ACUGUUGGUGCUGCUCUAACUGCUCUGUCAUUGAUUCAGUAGUAACACAGUCGUCAGUCCACAGCCUGCCUGCCUGCAGAGAGCGAGCCAAAACAGGAAGAGAGAAAGAGAGGACACAAGGAGAGAAGAAAAGAGAGUGAUUGUGAGAGAGAGAAGCAGGGAAAGCGUCCAGCCAUCUUUCUGUCUCCAGUCUGAAAGCCACAGACGCCCUCUUUGUUUGGCGUCCCUGAUAUGACCCUGUUCAAAAGUGAGCACCACCGCAGCCCACGAUACAUUAGCAUGAGUGGAGAGCUGAAGUCCAGCCGUUCCAGGACCAGCAGCAAGAGACCCAGCAGCAAUCCAUACGGAUCUGACUAUGACCUGGACUAUGAGUGCUAUCAGGAGGACCUCUAUGACAGGAUGUAUGACUACCAGCGCGUGCCAGCUUCCCUACCUCCCCUGUCCCAGGGACCUAGCCUGGCCAAGCGACCCCGCUCCUCCUCCACUUCCUCUGGGCACAGACGCAGCCGAGACAGGCCCCCCUCCAAGAGCUCCAGAGCCCACUCCACCAGCUCCAACAGGGCCAAGUUGAGAAUGGAGGAGCUGCAGGUCAUUAAGAGGGAGCUGACUCUGAUAAAGACACAGAUUGACGGGCUGCUUGACAACCUGGACAGGAUGGACACACAGAGGCAGGACCACACAGGGUCUCCCGUGAGGGAGGGCAGCCUGGCCGGGUCACCGUACUCCCCCUCCGCCAGCAGUGGUGAGCGCUCCCCCUCUCCCCUGUCCCCCCCACGCCGCUGCAUCCAGAGAGAGAGCCCCGAACUGGGGGAGGCCAGCGACGAUGAUCACACGAUGAAUAACCACAGCUCUGACCCUGAGGACGAGAUGUGAGGAUGGAAACAGAGAAGAAAUGGAGGAGCACCAGACAUAGAGGAAGAGAAUAUCUGUCUUGUCAAGAAGUUACCAUGCCAACAACUGAUUCAGAGGCCCCACUCCUGUCGAACCAACCAGUUACAUUGUAUUCUACAUCCACAUAUACAUCAAACAGAAAUACACUACUACACACACCACUUUGUGUUCAGAGUUAGCCUCUUUAGGUUCUAAAUCAUCUAUUCCUCCUCUCUCUGUCUGGUAAGGGCAGAUAUUGUAUGUGUGAACAGCACACACACACAGACACACAGGCACACACACACACACUGUAACUACAGUUUAUCAGAAAUCAACUCCGUGUAUCUCCCUUGGCUAUU